AACCCUAAUUCUCAUAUCAUUUCAAACUCAACUCGCAUAAACCAACUCAAGCCUCCACCACCCUUACAAACCCUCAUCCCAUCGCCAACCUUGCUGCCGUCGCCGUCUAUUCUCAUCUCAUCGCCAACCUUGUUGUUUCCCCCUCGCUGCUGUUGCCGCCGCCGUUACUGCAGUCGCCGCUACUGCCAUUGCCGUCGCCCUUGCUGCAGCCGUCGUCGCCCUAGCUGCAGUCGCUCCACCCUUUUUGACAUCAUUGUUGCUGCUGCCGUUUCUCAGCCGCUGCACUACGCACCAUAAAGGCUGAACAUGGCAGAUUCAGGUCAAUCUGAACAACCUGAACCUGUGUGCAACUUUUUUAGAAAGCCUUUAAAGAACAAGAACAUUAGAAAGAGAACAAUUGAGAAAGAUGAAGAGGAUGACAAUUCAAAAACCGAGAGCUCUUUAUUGCAUAACCAGAAAAAAGCCCCAAAGCCUGACAAUAAGCUUUACUUUUCAACUGGACCUUCCAAGAAUUCUUUGUCGGCUGCCGAAUCAGUUGUGGAAUCUGAUAGACCAGUAUUUCAAUUUGAGUCUUCAAAGGAAAUUCAAGUUCAACAUGAUAGUAGAGCAACUGCAACACUAGAAACUGAGACGGAGUUCUCCAAAGAUGCUCGAGCUAUUCGUGAGAGAGCUUUGAAGCAAGCAGAGGAGGCUUUGAAGGGUAAAACACUGAGCUCUGGUGAUGCAAAGUUAUAUAAAGGAAUUCAUGGGUAUACUGAUCAUAAGGCUGGUUUUCGAAGAGAGCAAACAAUUUCGAGUGAAAAAGCAGGUGGGUCACAUGGGCCUCUUAGGGCUUCUGCUCACAUUAGGGUGUCAGCGAGGUUUGAUUAUCAGCCGGAUAUAUGUAAGGAUUACAAAGAGACAGGUUAUUGUGGGUAUGGAGAUUCAUGUAAGUUCAUGCAUGAUAGAGGAGAUUAUAAAUCUGGUUGGCAGCUAGAGAAGGAGUGGGAUGAGGCAGAAAAGAUAAGGAAGAGAAAUUUGGCUUUAGGAGAGCUUGAGGGUGGCACAGGCGAGAAUGAAGAAGAAGAUGAUGACGACGAACAUGAAUUGCCAUUUGCUUGUUUCAUUUGUAGGCAGCCUUUUGUGGAUCCUGUUACGACGAAAUGCAAGCACUACUUUUGUGAGCAUUGUGCUUUAAAGCAUCAUGCAAAGAACAAGAAGUGUUUUGUGUGCAACCAACCUACACUGGGCAUUUUCAACACAGCUCAUGAAAUUCGUAAAAUGAUGGCUGAAGAUCAUAAAUGAUAUAUCUUUCGAUUCAAAUUGCAAGGCAAUUGAGCUUAUUUUGAAGUCCAAAUCCGCAUGUUUGAUGCAUAAUGGGCUGUUUGCAUUUUAAGCCUUGUUAUGUUAUGAUAAUGGGCUUAAAUGUGUUUUAUCCAUUUGUUUAGUUAGUUAUUAUUCUGUUUAUACUUUAUUUUGGGCCUAAUCCUUGUUUAAAUGGGCCUUUAGUUGUUAUAUACACAUUGGACUUUUAAUUAUCCACAUAUGAGAUGGAUUUAAGCCUUUUAGAGUCGUUUAAUUUCCUUGAACUAAAAGGACACGGAAUUACCUUUUGGAAUCCUUUUCAAAUUAGGGUUUAAUAUUUUGUAAAGCCUAUAUAAAGGCUUCUUUAUUAUUGUAUUUGGCAAAAUUAUGAUUAAUUAAGGUUUUUACUUCCUUUUAAGCCAA